AUGAUGUUCAGACAACUAAAUACACCACCGUCAACCGGGAUGCAUACGAGAGAACACAGACGAUAUCACCCUCGUCCAUUCUUUCUCUGUAUUGCUGUGAUAUCUCUUCUUGCCCUUGGGAGCUGGGUUACGCAGAACUCAGACCAGACCCAGUCAAUAACUUAUAACAACAACAAUGCACCUCGGAAUCCGAUGGUAUAUCGAGACCUCGAGGUUGCUGGGUCAAACGGUUCACUAAGCACUCUUGAGCAACCUCAGCAGGAAAUAGAGCCGGUUGCCUUUAUCAUGCUGAUGCUGUGGCUGUCAAUGCUUUUCAGCACUAUCGGUAUUGCUGCCAGUGACUUUCUAUGUAUCAAUCUCAGCGCUAUUGCCAGCAUACUGGGUAUAAGCGAAAGUUUGGCAGGUGUGACAUUUCUGGCUUUCGGAAAUGGCAGUCCAGAUGUCUUCUCGACUUUCGCGGCAAUGGGCUCCAAUAGUGGUAGCUUGGCUGUUGGUGAAUUGGUUGGGGCUGCGUGUUUCAUUACUGCUGUUGUCGCUGGUUCAAUGGCACUGGCAAGGCCUUUCCGUGUCGCUCGUCGAAGCUUUGUUCGUGAUGUCAGCUUUUUCAUUGUUGCUGCGAGUUUAGCUUUGGUCGUUCUAGCCGAUGGAGAACUCCACGCCUGGGAGUGUGCAACCAUGGUUGGCCUUUAUGUCUUUUAUGUGCUCGUGGUCGUUUCCUGGCAUUGGUAUCUUACUCAUCAACGCCGAAAAUAUGAUCGAGAAAGUGCAGCAAGGGCUCAGUUUCACAUACCUCGAAGUCAAGAACUAGACUUACAAGAGCAGCCGUUUGAUGACGAUCCUGUUGCCGGAGAAGCGAGCGGCCUCUUGCAGGGACAAAGGUCGCCUGAUUUUGAAGCGCUUGAGAGGCAGGCUCUACCAACGUGGAAAGAUGACGAGGAUGAUGAGACGCGUAACAGAUACCUCGCUGAGAUCCAUGAGAAUAUGCGUGUCACUCGUCCAUCUCCGUUUGCUCGACGGGCGACUGCGAGCUCAAUUCGGCCGAGUUUGGUCGGUGCUUUGGAGUUUCAAUCAGUCCUUUCGUCUUUAAAAAAAGCGAAAAAUAUCCACGGUGACCAAAUUGACCUUGGGCAAUAUUUGGAUACUGAUUCUGCUGGUCACUCUCAUAAGGUCUCCUCAACAUCGACGCAACCCAGAGUAUCCUUCGAAAGACAGGCUCAAAAUUCGGUCAAAGAACCCCCGCUUUUACGUCUAGAUACUAGUUUCAGCAAAACAGAUGAGGAUGAUGGAGCCACCAUCCCUAUGGUCGGAGAGCCUUCUAACAGUACUGAUCUACAGCACCAAUCAACGACGUCUCCUACCUCGUUAGAUCCCCAAUCACCUUCGCUACGCCACCAAAAAGUAUCAGCCGAUCAUCUGGCAGUACCUGGUUAUCAGGCCGACUUUCAAUCUCCUGACUACCAAUUAUCUCCUCGGUCACAUCAACUUUCUUCUGAUGGUGUCUCCCUUCUCUCCAGUGGCAAUGUUGUCUCAAUCCCUAUCAACUUGGAGCGAGAAGACAGUGACGAUGAAACUAUACAAUUUCCACCUUUUGUUGAUUCUGCAAGUCCUAUAUCGCUUAGGCCCCCCAGUCUGAACCUACCAGCUCCUUUAUUACCGCCAACUCCAGAGUAUCAACAGGAAGAUGAAGAUCAAUUACAAUCAUCGAGGUGGUUUCUAUAUGAAUCCCUGGUUCCCGGAACUAUGUUUUUUACUCUCUUCCCAACGCUAUGUGAUUGGAGAUCGAAAUCGGUUUGGGGGAAAAUUCUGGGUGUAGUUGCUGCUCCCAGCGUAUUUUUUCUAACCAUCACAAUCCCUGUUAUCGACCCUAGUCGAACUGACACCGACAGCAAUGAAGCAAGCCCACCCAUCACUUCUUCUCCUCUUCCUGCAGUCGUGAAUAAUGAUACACGGCAACCUACUCCGAUAAUUCGGCUACCUGAUGAAUCUCCACCUUUACAGCCACACGAUCAUCAAGUGCUUAGCGAAGGUCUUCGUCGCAGCAUGGAAAACCUCUCCACAGUGGUGGACUCCCGAGAUGUAUUUUUCCCUUCGAAUAGACCACGAGUCGACUCUGAACUUGCAGCUGUUCCAUUAGAAGUUGCGGAGGGUUCCUCUUCCUCCACUACAAUGAGGUCCUGGAAUCGGGGGCUUACAAUCAUUCACGCUUUUACUUCGCCGUUGCUUAUUACACUGGCUAUCUGGGUAUUAUUGGACGAUGAACAUAAUCUACGAAACUUGAUAAUUCCCAUCCCAUGCAGCCUGGGUGUUUCCAUAGUUUGCGCCGUGCUACUCAACAUAUUCCUUCGAGGACACGAUGAUCUCUCACAAGCGCCCAGUCAACUACGCCCCGUCUUAUCUCUUAUCGGUUUUGUAGUCGGCAUCUGCUGGAUUGCUGUGAUUGCAGAUGAGGUAGUUAGUCUACUCAAGACCCUGGGCGUGAUCCUCAACAUUAGCGAUUCACUUCUGGGUCUUACCGUCUUUGCGGUGGGCAAUUCAUCGAGCGACCUCGUUGCAGACAUCACCGUGGCCAGAUUGGGAUACCCAAUUAUGGCGUUGAGUGCUUGCUUUGGCGGGCCCAUGCUGAACAUUUUGCUCGGCAUCGGUAUCGGUGGAUUGUACGUGACAUUGCAUGCGUCGGCUAAUCGCUCCAAAGAUCUACAAAAUGUCCCAUUCAAAAUUACGAUUUCAAAAACCCUCGUUAUCAGCGGCGUUACCUUGCUUGUUAUCCUAGUUGGCCUGUUAAUUCUUGUCCCCUUGAAUCAUUGGAAAAUGGACCGAAAGAUCGGAUGUGGACUCAUUGUUCUUUGGACAUUGAGUACUUUAGGGAAUGUCAUUGUCGAGCUUGUAACUUGA